ACUGUGGAGAGUGACUUAGUUCACUGCUGUAGGAUAUCAGUUGUAUUGUAGUUUAAGUGACAAUUUUAAUCAGUAGUUUAUUUAAAAAUGGGAAGUGCACAAUCAGCUUUAAAUUUUGGCGCUGGACCUGCCAAGUUACCUAGAGAGGUGCUAGAAGAGGUCCAAAAAGAAUUCCUUUCCUACCAGGAUUCAGGAAUGAGCUUGAUUGAAAUGAGCCACAGAGGCAAGGAAUAUACCAAAAUCAAUAAAGAUUCACAAGCGGUUAUUAGGGAGCUUCUUAAUGUUCCGGACAACUACAAGAUUCUGCUUAUGCAAGGCGGUGGAUGUGGAGCUUUUGCCGCAGUUGCCAUGAAUCUUUUGAAUAGAACCGGAACCGCUGAUUAUGCCGUGACUGGUACAUGGUCCGACAAAGCAGCUAAAGAGGCAUCCAAAUAUGGAAACGUUAAUCUAGUGUUUCCAAAAGCCAACAAACCAGGCAGUAUUCCUCCUCAAAACACUUGGAAAAUGAAUCCAAAUGCUUCCUACGUAUACUACUGUGAUAAUGAAACUGUUGAUGGUGUUGCAUUCCAUUACAUUCCCGAGACCAAUGGUGUUCCUCUAGUCACUGACAUGUCAUCUAGCAUAAUGACCAAGAAACUAGACAUCUCGAAAUUCGGUUGCAUCAUAGCUGGUGCCCAAAAGAAUAUUGGACCUGCGGGAGUAGUAGUGGUUAUUGUCCGUGAAGAUCUUCUAGGAAAUCCAAUGAAAUGCUGCCCAUCCGUAAUGGACUUCACCUACAUAGCCAAAGAAAACUCUGUACACAACACUCCAGCAACAUUCUCAGUCUACGUCAUGGAGAAGGUACUCCAGUGGAUUAAAAAGAACGGAGGUCUCGAAGCAAUGGAAAAACUAGCGAUAGAAAAGAGCAGUUUAUUGUAUAACGCCAUGGUUGAAUCUAACGGUUUUUACACUUGCCCAAUUGAUGAAGACGUUAGAAGUAGAAUGAACGUACCAUUUAGAGUAGGAGGAGGCAACGAAAAACUCGAAGAACUCUUCUUAGUAGAAUCAGAGAAAGUCAAAAUGUAUCAAUUAAAAGGUCACAGAUCUGUGGGAGGAAUCAGAGCUAGUUUAUAUAAUGCAGUUUCAUUAGAUGACGUUAAAUUGUUAGUUAAAUUUAUGAAAGAAUUCCAAGCGCAACAUGGACCAAAGUGAUGUCAUUAAUAAUUGUGUAAAAUAAAUAAAAUUCGACAUUUUAUUUUUGUCUUUUCUAAUUGUAAAUUUGUUUUAUAUUUAAGACUGCUCUAUUUCGGGAUUUAAGAUGUUAUGUGUACAUAUUUUUUAAUAAAUAUUUAUUUUGUAAUAAGUGUCACUGUUUGCAACUGCUUAUACGAAAAAUCUAUUUCGCUCUUGUCAUAUCGCUCUAAAAAUCAAAUAAUUCAUGUUUCUGAAACUAAAGAUAAUACGUCUGAGGUGGAUAGGGCAUGUAAUGCGGAUGGAACAAAAUAACCCAGCUAGAAAAACGCUCUUGAUAGAGUCAUUGGUCAGAGAAGUAGAGGAAGAUUCAGAGCAAGGUUCCUUGAUAACCUCGAUGAAGACAUGAUGAAUAUGGGAAUACGUACUUGGCGGAGAAAGGCGAUGGAUAGGGACGACUGGAGAGAAAUUCUUGAAUAGGCUAGGAUUCACGCAGGGUUGUAAAGCCAGAAUGAUGAUGAUGAUGAAACUGAUGAUAUUCACUUCUGAAAGAUGACGGUGAAGAUAUAAUUUUGUAAAAAAGGGAUGAUUGUUAAAAAAGUUGUCAAACACAUCAAAAUAAAAAUAAUCUU